GCGAGAGAGGCAGCAAUAACACUGCAGUGAGAUUCAAGCUUUCAUUAAAAAGUACAUCUAUAAGAAACUAAACUAUGAAGAAGACAGCAAGCAGUCACUAGAGUCCAAUCAUUCUGUUCAAAUAAACCCCAACGAGCACAUACCACUUUCCAGUGGCACAGGGAUCCUCUCGAUGGCAGGAUUUGACAGGGACACUAUGAAUGCUUCAUUAUUCAGUACACCAGCUAAUUCCAUAAGCCCUAACAUCACACAACCCUCUUCAGAGACUCUACGCGUGGCACAGAUUGGAAUAGCCACCCUGAUAUUCUUGGUUGGAUUGCCUCUAAAUGUCUUGGUUAUUUGGGUGCUGUGUUUCCGCAGCACCAGAAAGAAUAGCUUUGGGCUGUACGUGCUGAACCUGGCCUUUGCUGACUUGGUAUUAGUGAUGCGUAUCCCACUGGCCAUUGCAUACCUGGUUGCCUAUUACCAAUGGCACUUUGGCUAUAUCGCCUGUAAGAUCGUCAUGUUCCUGAGAGUGUUGGGCCUGUAUGCAGGGGCUUUCCUUCUCUCCGCCAUCAGCCUGGAGCGAUGCCUCUGUCUCUUGCACCCUGUAUGGUAUCGUCUCCGCAGGCCUGCCUGGGUUGUCCCUACCAUCUGCGGGUCCCUGUGGUGCCUCUCCUCAUUCCUCAGCUUCCCAUACCUGCAGUCCAGCCAGGUCAGCAAAGGCCAAUGUCUUGAAAAAUCCAAGUCACCAAUAGGGCUUUUUGUAACAGAAACAGUGUUGGGGUUCCUGAUGCCCUUGCUGAUCUUCAUCUCCUGCAACUUGAUGGUCUUGCUAAAGGCAAAGCAGGGCUACUCCACAAAGCAUGCCAAGCUGUUUAAGGUGCUCACCUUUACCGUGGUGGUGUACCUCACCUGCUGGGUCCCCUACCACACGUUUCGUUUCCUUAUGUCACUUUACAGUCCCUAUCCUCAGGACAAAGUAUAUGGGGUGGCGAAAGAGGGGGUUUAUUUCUCCCUGUACCUGGUUUACUUGAAGAGCAGCCUCAACCCUGCACUUUACGUCUUAGCCGGAAAAGAUUUACGCAGCACUGUGAAAGCAUCACUGAUGUCAGCAAUCGAGGGGAUCUUCAGUGAUGAAACAUCUGAUUUGAAACACAGACGAUCCUUAAAGGCACAAGAGUCACUGGUCUAGUGAACAUUCAAGUCCAAGCUCAGGAGAACCAGGAACUCGAGAUUGGAUAUCAGCGAGCUACCGGCCUUUGGAGGACAAAGGCCAGCCCAGCAUGGGUGUCUGCAUGAGAUCACCAGGCGCCUUGCCACUAGGGUCCACUGUAACACAAUGAGAAACAGUCCCUGACAGUUUUGCCCCCCUAACCAGUGUGAUACCCUGUGCUACCUGACUGUAUGACUCACUCACGCAUCUGUGCUUUUAUCAGGUAUGCCUGGGGACCACCUUGUCAUUUUUAAUAAAGAAUGGCCUUUCAA